ACACAUUUGACUCACUACACUCCAGCUGGGCGUCCCGUGUGGUUCGGAUCCUUUCAUUGAGUUUCAUCUUAGUUGUGCGCGGCGCACACCCCUGAAGAUAAGCAGCCAUGGAUGCCAUCAAGAAAAAGAUGCAGAUGCUGAAGCUCGACAAGGAGAGCGCAUUGGACAGAGCUGAGCAGGCCGAGUCAGACAAGAAAGCGGCGGAGGACAGAAGCAAACAGCUUGAGGAUGACCUGGCAGCACUGCAGAAGAAGCUCAAGUCAACUGAGGAUGAGUUGGACAAGUACUCCGAAGCCCUGAAGGAUGCCCAGGAGAAACUGGAGCUCGCUGAGACGAAAGCCACAGAUGCUGAGGGUGAUGUAGCUUCCCUGAACAGACGUAUCCAGCUGGUCGAGGAGGAGUUGGACCGCGCUCAGGAGCGUCUGGCCACAGCACUGACCAAGCUGGAGGAGGCAGAGAAGGCUGCUGAUGAGAGCGAGAGAGGCAUGAAGGUCAUUGAGAACAGGGCAAUGAAGGACGAGGAGAAGAUGGAGCUGCAGGAGAUCCAGCUGAAGGAGGCCAAACACAUUGCAGAGGAGGCUGACCGCAAAUACGAGGAGGUGGCCCGUAAGCUGGUGAUCAUUGAGAGCGACUUGGAGCGCACGGAGGAGCGUGCUGAGAUGUCUGAGAGCAAAUGCUCCGAGCUCGACGAGGAGCUUAAAACUGUGCAGAACAACCUGAAGUCUCUGGAGGCCCAGGCAGAGAAGUACUCUCAGAAGGAGGACAAGUACGAGGAGGAGAUCAAGGUUCUUACAGACAAGUUGAAGGAGGCUGAGACCCGCGCUGAGUUUGCUGAGAGAUCAGUCGCCAAGCUUGAGAAGACCAUCGACGAUCUGGAAGAUGAGCUGUAUGCCCAGAAACUGAAGUACAAGGCCAUCAGCGAGGAGCUGGACCACGCCCUCAACGACAUGACUUCCAUACCAUCUAUACAAGCAGCUUGAGAAAAACCGCAUCCUGACCAAUGAACUGAGAGUAGCCUUAAACGAGGCGUAGGCUGGGAUGCGCUCUGGCAUUCUUUCGUGCUGAAUCUCAAACGUCCUGUUAUAUGAAAAGGGCUACGACGCAAGGCUUAAACCCAUAAAUACUUUAAACAAAUGGGGAAGUUUCUUGUUAUGCAUGCUAAAACUGAGGCAUUGGGUGGCGGGGGGGUCAGACAACCUCUGGUCAUGAGAAGUUGCAGCGGGUUUCACAAUUUCUACUCUUAUGUAGCACUUCGGUCUGCACGGUGCUGUCGCUCAUGAGCUGAAGGCCGGGCAGGAUGCUAGUGGGCAACGUCUGUAAGGGGCUCAUGAAAUGACGCAGGGGGUCCACAAUGCCUUGUACACCACUGCUAAAUUGAAAGGACAAGUUUAAAAAAAAAAAAAAAAAAAAUGCAUUGAUAUUCCAAGAUUUAGAAUGUUAAGCUUUCCCAAGAACUACACUGCUGUUUUGGCCUCGAUACAGAUUUGACUUGUUGAUUUAUUCAAAUUCCCUUCAGUUUGAAUGGUAACACAAGAAGGCGUGUGCUUUGGUUUGAAGCAGAAUGGACGCAGUGCUGACCGCUGUACAUGUGGAGAGAAGCCCCUUCCAGUCAAUUAAAGAAGCAUACCAGUUUUAGAGCUCUAUUCUGUCAUGUAUGUAUGGUUAGAGGGUUUAUGUUGAGUGUUUAUCAAAUGGAAGGAUCAUUCAAUGGAAUGGUAAGACUUUUAAGCUUUAGAAUAAAAUUGAAAAGACAGACCAAAUAUGUGUGAUCAUGACCGUAAAGUGCUUGGAGUAGAUACUGUAGGUCAUGAUCAUAAUUUAAAUCUUAACAUUAAUAAUGACUAAGGAGCAUUAUUUUGUAGCUACAGCAUUGUAGUUGAUGAGUGAUCACUAUGCUGUUUGUUAUCCUGGACUAGAGCUUUGUUUAAAUCCUGUCCAUCUUUGUGUGGUGUUUAUGACUUUUAACCAAUGCAAUGCUGUAUUAACAGAUAAACUCACACGCGUAAAAGAAGAAAGCCUCAACGCACAGCGGAUGCUGGAUCAGUUUUUAGUGGAGAUGCUUAACAUUUGACCCCGCUGUGUUCAUCUCCCCACGUUGCUUCAUCGACUCUGAAUAUGGAUGUUUGGCCUGGUGGUUAAAAGUGUCCUCUGAACUUCUUAUCCUGAAGAAACCAGUUCAACACAAAGGUAGCACACACUGCUUUAUUUACAUACUGUUUGCUUUACACACUGUAAUCAAAGGUCAGUUAUCAUUCAAGUUUACAUGUAUAUGUUGGGAGGAUUUGCACUUUUUUUGUGGAAAUGCACUGCACAUAAAUGUCAUCAAGGCCAUAAAUGAAGCCCCGGAUAUAUAAAGGGACUUUUAUUACGUGUACUUUUGUAAAGUUGUUUUCUUUGUUUCUGCUGUAUUGUAAAACUCUUCAAUGUGAUGUACACUUCAUCUAAGCAAGGAUGGACUGAAUUGGCACGGUUGCUUGAAUGUACUGUUUAAUUAGAUAAUGUUUCCACAAUGUACUUUUCUGCCCACGUUGAUAAAUUCUUUUUUUUUGUUGCUCCCAUUUUAUCUUGGAAAAGUAAAGCUUGUGUAAUAAAUGGUUGGAUCUAUA